AUGUCUGUCCAAGUCACCCCUGAACAGCUGUCAACAUUGAAAGCUACCCUCUUGAACACCUCCGGUUCAACACCUUUACAUGAAAGGUUCAGGUCUCUGUUCAUGUUGAAAGCGGUGGGAGGCGAUGAGGUGGUAGAUAUAAUCGCAGAGGGUCUUAAAGAUCCAUCUCCUUUGUUAAAACACGAACUCGCCUACGUCUUGGGUCAAUUGUCCAACCCCCGUGCUCUACCCGUCUUAAAUGACGUAUUGAUCAACCCGACUGGACAACACUGCUCGAUGGUCCGACACGAAGCUGCCGAAGCUCUCGGUGCAUUGAGUUCCCUCGAGAGUUUACCAGUAUUGGAGAGAUACCUGAACGAUCCUUCGAGGGAAGUUCGAGAAACAUGUGAGAUCGCCGCUGAAAAGAUCAGGUUCGAUAACUCUGAAGAGGGAAAGAAGAGACAGUUGAACCCAGAUUUCCCAACCAUCGAUCCAGCUCCUUCCGCUACUCCCAGCGGCGACGUCUCCAUCCCCUCUCUCCGAACAGACUUGCUCAACACCUCUUUACCCCUCUUCGAAAGGUACAGAGCGAUGUUCGCAUUGAGGGAUUUCGGAUCGUCGAGUAAAGAGGCUGUUGAAGCUUUGGCAGAUGGAUUCGGGGAUGGGUCAGCCUUGUUCAGGCACGAAAUUGCCUAUAUAUUCGGACAGCUCUCUUCUCCUUAUUCGAUCCCUUCGUUAUUAUCGAGAUUGAGAGAUCCAAAGGAAGACGAUAUGGUGAGACAUGAAGCUGCUGAAGCUUUAGGUGGAAUAGCUUCGGAUGGUGUCGAGGGAGACGAUCAAUCCUCUUUACCUACCGACCAGCAACUCCCCUCGGGCGGUGUAUUGGCAGUACUUAGAGAAUGGGCGGUGAAGCAAGAUGCUCCGGUGGUAGUCAGAGAGAGUUGUCAGGUGGCCAUUGAUAUGUGGGAGUACGAAAAUUCCACUGAUCAAUUCAACCCCAUCGAUUCACUGACUACGAAUAAAUCCAAUACGACAGGGAUGGAAAGAUCCGCUCAUGCUGCCGUAUCAGCCAUGGCGGUAGCUUAA